AGACCAAAUGAGAGGCUUAGCACGCUACCAGAGAGACCAAGAGAAGACACAGUGUUGGAGGAGACCCCGGUCCAGCAGUUCUUGCCUUCUCUUCCAACCCAAGUCACCCAUGACGUCAAGUUUCAGGUUGGCGAUUUGGUUUGGUCCAAGGUGGGAACAUACCCGUGGUGGCCUUGCAUGGUUUCAUGUGAUCCACAGCUUGAUGUUCAUACCAAAAUUAAUACAAGAGGUGCCCGUGAAUACCACGUUCAGUUCUUCAGCAACCAGCCAGAGCGGGCGUGGGUGCAUGAGAAGCGGGUUCGAGAGUACAAGGGACACAAACAGUACGAGCAGUUACUGGCUGAGGCUGCUAAGCAAGCCAGCAACCACUCUGAGAAGCAGAAGAUUCGCAAACCAAGGCCGCAAAGAGAGCGUGCUCAGUGGGAUAUUGGUAUUGCCCAUGCUGAGAAAGCUUUGAAAAUGACUCGGGAAGAAAGGAUAGAACAAUACACCUUCAUUUAUAUAGACAAAGAGCCAGAGGAGGUUUUGUCAAAAGCCAAAAAGACUGCUGCUUCUAAAUCAGAGACCAAGAAGAACCGCCGACCGAAGCCAGCUUUGAACACCCAGCCGGAACACGCCAACGUGGCAGCGGCGUCGCCUUCCAACGCUGAGGUGCGAAGACAGAGCCAACGGAGGCAGUCAAGUGUGGAAGAAGAGGAGCAACCUCCUGUGAAAAUCGCAUGGAAAACAGCUGCAGCUAGAAAAUCCUUACCAGCUUCCAUAACCAUGCACAACUUGGAUCUUCAGAAAUGUAACAUGUCUCCAGUUGUUAAAAUUGAACAGGUUUUUGCCCUUCAGAACGCUGCUGGGGAUGGAAAACUCAUCGAUCAGUUUGUUUAUUCCACUAAGGGAGUUGGUAACAAAACAGAAAUAAGCGUCAAAGGGCAAGAGAAACUUAAUUCUUCAUCAAAUCAGAGAAACGAAAAAGCAGCGGUGCAAAACGUGUCCUCUCCUGAAACAACUUCUGGGUCAGCAGGUUCUGUAGAAAAGAAGCAACAGAGAAGAUCGAUUCGAACCCGCUCAGAGUCUGAGAAAUCCACUGAAGUUGUGCCAAAGAAGAAGAUCAAAAAGGAGCAGGUUGAAAUGGUUCCCCUGACAGCAGUGAAGACAGGAUUGCAGAAAGGUGCCAGCGAGAUUUCAGAUUCUUGUAAACCUCUGAAGAAAAGGAGUCGAGCCUCAACGGAUGUGGAACUGACUAGCUCAGCUUACAGAGAUACAUCUGACUCUGAUUCAAGAGGACUUAAUGAUUUACAGGGUAGUUUUGGAAAGCGUUCAGACAGCCCGUCAGCUACUGCCGAUGCUGAUGCUUCUGACGUGCAGUCGGUCGACUCCAGCUUAUCCAGGAGAGGAACUGGAACAAAUAAAAAAGACACUGUUUGUCAGAUCUGCGAGAGCUCUGGCGAGUCCCUGGUGUCCUGCGAGGGAGAGUGUUGCAGUGUGUUCCACGUGGAGUGUCUGGGCCUGAAGGCGAUGCCCGAUGAGAAGUUCAUCUGCACCGAGUGUAAAAACGGAGAACACACCUGCUUUUCCUGCAAACUCCCCGGCAAGGAUGUGAAGCGCUGUUCCGUCAACGCUUGCGGUAAAUUCUAUCACGAGGCCUGUGUCCGCAAGUUUGCCACUGCUCUGUUCGAGUCGCGAGGGUUUCGCUGCCCGCAGCACUGCUGUACUGCCUGCUCGGUGGAUAAGGACAUUCAUAAAGCAAGCAAAGGUCGCAUGGUGAGAUGUUUCAGAUGUCCCAUUGCCUAUCACUCAGGAGAUGGCUGUAUUGCUGCAGGAAGCUUGUUUGUGUCAUCCCACAUUCUCAUCUGUAGUAACCAUUCCAAAAGGAAUCACUCCUCAUCAGCUGUAAAUGUAGGCUUUUGUUUCGUUUGUGCAAGAGGGUUGGUAGUGCAGGAUCAUUCAGACCCCCUGUUCAGUUCAUAUGCCUAUAAGUCCCACUACCUACUGAAUGAAUCAAAUCGUGCUGAGUUGAUGAAAUUACCUAUGAUUCCUCCUCCUUCGUCAGCUUCCAAAAAGAAAUGUGAGAAAG